UGAAAACAAGACAAGAGAUACUGAAAUGUGUUCGCGAAAUUUAAAAUUAUUAAGUUUAGAGUUAAUAUUUUUAAGUCUAAGCAUAGCUUUUGACAAAACGUCGUCUCGAGUUGAUCCGGAUGCUUUCAGAAAUGUGUCUCAGAUCAUAAGAAGCAAAGGUUAUCCAGUAGAAGAAUACAGUGUUCAAACAACUGAUGGCUACAUUCUGGGAGUUCAACACAUUCCUUACGGAAGAAAGUUUUCUCAGAGUUCAAAGUUUAUUAAAACAUUCUCAUCCAAAAGAACAAUUUUUUUACAACAUGGCCUACUAAGUUCUUCCACUGACUGGGUAAUUAACUCACCUACUGAAAGCUUAGGUUUCAUCCUUGCCGAUGCUGGUUAUGAUGUCUGGCUGGGAAAUUUUAGAGGAAACACCUACUCACGGAAACACAUUAAAUAUUCCACUCAUUCUAAAGAAUUUUGGGAAUUCAGUUUUGACGAAAUGGCUUUGCUUGACUUGCCAGCAAUGAUUGAUUUUGUACUUAACAAAACUGGAAAGAACCAACUUUUAUAUGUAGGCCAUUCUCAAGGCACCCUCACAGCUUUUGCUCUUUUGUCUGAAAAGACUGAAUACAAUAAAAAGGUGAAAACACUCUUUGCUCUGGCACCAGUAGCAACUGUUGGAUACAUUAAGAGUCCUAUUAAAUAUUUAGCACCCUAUACCAACGAUAUAGAGAUGCUUUUUAAGUUACUGGGAAUUAAUGAGUUCCUUCCAAACACCAAGUUUAUAAAAUUUCUUGGUGACUUGGUGUGCUCAACAGAGAUUAGAAUAUUUUGUGAACAGGUUAUUUUCUUGUUUGCUGGUGUUGAUCCCAAACAAAUUAAUGCUACUCGUUUGCCUGUAUAUAUUUCCCACAAUCCUGCUGGAACUUCAACUCAGAAUAUUGUGCACUUUGCUCAGUUAGUGAAUUCUAAAAAACUUGUGAAGUACAAUUAUGGAAAGAUUAAAAACAUGGAAUUAUAUAAUCAGACAGAUCCACCAGAAUAUCUUUUGGAGAAAAUUACUGCACCAGUGGCUCUGUUCUGGGCACAAGAUGAUUGGCUUGCUGAUGUUGUAGAUAUUGCUUUAUUACAACCACGCUUGAAGCAUCUAAGGAAGAGUUACUUAGUCAAUUAUACCAUGUGGUCACAUUUAGACUUUAUAUGGGGAAUAGAUGCUCCAAAAUAUGUAUAUAAAGAACUACUAAAAGUGCUCGAAAAAUAUUAGAAGUAUUUUGUCAAAGUAUCUUUGAAUAUUGAAAUAAAUACAAGACAAGGAAAGAUUUUUUUCUGCAUGUAUUGGAAAUAGAAUCAUUUAACCUUUUGCUCUAAGGUUCUUCAUGAUUUAGAGCAUUUAUUUAGUAAUAUCUUUAGAAUAGUUAGAAGAAUAUGAAUCUAAAAGAACCAUCUAAUCCAAACCAAUAACCUUAUAAUACCACUGGCUUGUUUUAAGUUUCCUUCAGUUUACUAACUUGUUAUUAAGAUCUUCCUAAAGUUAGUUCCUUAAUACAAUAUUCUAAACAGUCAUGAUGUUUAGCAUUUUUAUUUUUUAUUUUGAUUGAAAAUAACGGUAUAUAUUACAACAAAAGUAAGAAAAUCUCUUGAAAUUUGACUUAAAAUAAAGAUAUGGUCAGUUUAAUUAUUAUGAAAGUAUGCAUUAAAAUUUUUAAGGAAUUAGGUGAGAGCCUGCAAUGUGUGACUUAAUGCUUUGCAUUCAGAGCUGUGAGUGUGUUACAAAAGUAACAGUCAAUCCCACUAUUUGGUUAAGAGUAACCAUAUAUGCAAUGGGUACUGUUGACUUGUUUCCCUGAAUUAGAGACGGCUGUGCCUGAAUCUAACCUGGCUGUUUAGCCCAUAUGCUAGUCAGUUUGAAAAAUAUCAAACAAAAUUUAUUAAACAUACUAAUUAUACGAGGGUUAUAAACAGUAGGGCAAUAAAUCAAAACAUUAUUAAAAACAACAAUUAUUAAAAAGUGUAUGUGUUUGAGUGUGUAUAUAUAUAUAUAUAUAUAUACACACACACACACACACACACAACUGCCCACAUUUAGACGACUACUAACUGUCAUUCUCAAGGGUCUGUUUAGUUCAGACAAUGUUUUUAAUACUGUCUUAGUUAAGUUUACAUUUGUUUUUACAAGAUUUAAUGACUUCUGUAAAGUAAUUUAACUGCAAAGAAUGGUUAAAUUAUUAUUUCUGUAAAAGUUUAUCAUAUCACUAAUACCAUUAGUUUCUGUAUAUUAUCAACUAAACUGCAUUUGCAUCAAGAACUUUUUAAUGUGGUUUUGAUUUGUAACAUUGGUGAAAACUCAGCCCCCUCUAACUAAUGUUGCUAAGGUAAAUUUCAUGGCAACAUUUGCACUAAUAUUCAAGAGUAAAAUUGUCAACUAGUAUUUUUUUGAAACACCAUCAUGGAAGUUUGUUACAUAGUGUUUAUAUACCUAAUUGUGGGCCUCCCUGUGUGGAAGGGCAAAUAAGAUGAGAUGAUAAUUGAUAUUGUUUUCAGACAUUGCUGGUUUAAGUUUCUACUUAGAUGCAUUUGAAUUUGAUUUUUCUGUCUGAUCUACUUCAGCAUUGUAAUUUAAAUACGAUAAAUUUUUAGUGUAGUUAAAUUUAAAAGCAUUUUAGCUUUAAUAGCCAUCAAUGUUAUUUAGUGAUAAAAAUAAGCUUUUCUAAUUUAUGAAUUUA